ACUCGUGUUCGGGUCACCAGCAAAAGCGGUAUCCACCUUCUCCCAGCGGUAGUUUUCAAUUGGUCUACCGCGGUUCUUGUCCUCGUCCAGGCGUUAGGUUGGGGCGGUCAUUUUACCGUCACUCCGCACCCCGCCUUAUCUGGAAGGCGGCUUCCUUCAAGGUCUCAAGGCGUGCUCUCAGUAAGAAGGAAGACAACAGAGAGGUGAGAGAGAAAGAUCAUACGAGAGGCCCAAAAAAAAAAGUAAGAAAAAGUUGGCUUUUUAUAUUGUUUUGCCGCGAAGAUCGCCUAUGGGAAAAAACAGAAGUUGGUUGCGCCAUUAAUGGACUCUCUUGAUGCUGGUGGGAGAGAGAGAAACAAGGAGAUAGAGAGAAAAGGGAGAGCCUCGGAGGAAUUUGAUGGCAAAUAAAGGGAGUUCGACGCUGAGGCAGCAGCAAGAGCAGCAUAUCUCUUUUGGCUUGAUCCAGCCCUCCUCUUCGACGCAUGGAAACUUCAUCAAAAGUAAGGAAACUGGGGCCUUUGACUUGGGGGAGCUGGACCAAGCCUUGUUCAUGUAUCUUAAUGGGCAGGAUUCCCCAUCAGCUCAAGAACAAAGACGGACUCUGAACAUUUUCCCUUCUCAGCCCAUGCAUGUAGAGCCAUCUACAAAGGGCGGCAUUAGCUUUGUUUCUCCAACGGGCAGUGGUACUAAGAAGUCAUCAGAUCAAAUCAUGGAGUUGGGCAACCCAAUAAGCGAUCCCCCAGCUUUGCCAGACACUGGGAAGGAUAUCAAAGCAGUAGUAAAGAAGGAAGGAAAUAGAAAGGGCAAAUCUAUUUCAGAACAAGGAGGGCCCAGAACACCAGAUCCUAAGACGCUCAGAAGGCUAGCUCAGAAUAGGGAGGCAGCCAGGAAAAGCAGGCUAAGGAAGAAGGCUUACGUCCAACAACUCGAGAACAGUAGGAUCAAGCUAACUCAGCUAGAACAAGAGCUCCAGAGGGCAAGAGCUCAGGGUUUGUUCUUCGGUGGUGGAGCACUUCUUGGGGACCAAGGUUUCCCACCCGGGAUCAGCUCACUCAGCUCAGAUGCGGCGAUGUUUGAUAUGGAGUAUGCGAAGUGGCUUGAGGAGCACCACCGGCGGAUGUGCAACCUCCGGGCUGCAGUGCAAGAGCACCUACCAGAGACCGAGCUCCGGAUGUUUGUGGAUAACUGCGUCGCCCACUAUGAAGAGAUGGUGAACCUCAAGAGUAUAGUUAUCAAGUCCGACGUCUUCCACCUCAUCGCCGGCAUGUGGAAGACCCCCGCCGAGCGUUGCUUCAUGUGGAUGGGUGACUUCCGCCCCUCCGAGCUCAUCAAGAUGCUCUUGAGCCACCUAGAGCCACUUACAGAGCAACAGAUAUUGGGGGUGUGUGGUCUGCAACAGUCGACGCAGGAGACGGAGGAAGCGCUGAGCCAAGGGCUAGAAGCCCUCAACCAGUCUCUGUCGGAUAUCGUGGCCUCCGAUGCGCUGAGCUGCCCGUCCAAUAUGGCUAACUACAUGGGCCAAAUGGUCAUUGCCAUGAGCAAGCUCACCUCCCUUGAGGGUUUUGUUCGACAAGCAGAUAAUCUGAGGCAGCAGACCUUCCACCGGCUUCACCAGAUUUUGACAACCCGUCAAAUGGCCAGAUGCUUGUUAGCCAUCGCAGAGUACUUCCACCGCCUCCGUGCACUGAGCUCCCUGUGGCUCUCGAGACCAAGACAAUAGUGAUUCUCUAAACCCUGCGAGUGCAACAUAAAAGGAGGAAAAAAAAGGGAGAUCGGGAGUAAGGUUAUAGUAGCGUACGUGCCACCUCCAUCUCUUUCCUAGGUAUUGAAUGGGAUUUCUAUGGAGAAGUAGAGGGAUACAUUUGACUCCUUUCUAAAGAUGUAUAGAUAGAUAUAUCAUACGUAGACACACUGAAUCGAUGAAAUGUGGCCUAGACUUCACAUCCAUCUUCUUUUGUUAUUUCUUAGCUUUCCUAAUUAUCAUGGGGGUGAUUUGUGGGAAGUAGAGAUUGAGGCAAUCUUUCCUGACGACUUGGUUGAUGGAGGGAGGAGAAAGAGAAGGGAGGUGAGAAGAUCCUUAGGAGAAUUAAUUUUAAGGAGGAGAAGAUAAAGCAAGACUAUUAGGUGUUAGCACAGAGAGGAGGGAUGGGUGGGUCCACUUGUACACACGUCACUGCGUGGCUCCCCCUACCCUGCAUGUCUUUGUAAUGUUUGGUGAAGGCGGCAGAGUAAGGGUUUUGUAUUGACUUUGGCUGGCCACAUCUUAUUUAGCUUGUAUUUUGCGUUUCCUUUUUUUUUUAAAGCUGAAAACUUUAUGUUUCGAGUUUUUUGCUGUGGUCAUCUACUCGUCUUUGUUUUUGUUUUUCAUGCAAGAAGGCUGAUGGCUUUUUAGCUAGACAGGACUUUCCGGGAGAAAUACUCCUCACUGGCUAACAAACUACUAAAGGGCUUCAUGUUCAUGACGUAGCACAAACCGUCCGUAUGGAACCUAGGUUUCAAACUACAAGAACACCAAGGUUUGAGAUCAAUUACUUGCAGAAUCUCGUUCUUUCAUGCUACUAAUUUUCAGAUUUUGUGAGUGGAAUAAAGGCCUUGACUCCUUUAUUUUUUUUUUUGCCUAAGAAAGCUCAAAGCCGAGCUUUAUUAUCUUACAUGUGAAACGGCUACAAAGUGAACUCUGAUGAUAGCAUGUGAUUUGACCACAAACGCACAUUCACAUAAGAAACCUAUAUGCAGUCGUAUGCUAGCUAGUUAGGUUUUCCCAAGAAAAAAAAGGCUAUAAUAUACUUUAUAUUAUUUUACUCUGUACUUUGGAUGAUCUUGCUUUUUCUAAGCUGAAAAACGGAGGAAUUGAGACAAUUAAAAAUCCUAUUAAUGAAACGGUUUAUGUAGAAAGGCAGAUAUAUAUUGCUAAAGAUACAAAGCCGUAGUCGGAGCAUUUGUUUGUUCUCAUUCAACCUUUAGCCUUGUAAGCCUUGGGUCCUUUUCUAGCUCUAUCUUGAAUCCUUGCGGCAGAGUUAAUUUUUCAAUCGGCAAUGUGUUUACGAAGUAGACGGACUGCACAAACAUCAGCAUGAGCUUUUUCUUGGUCAUCGCCUAGAAUCCCAUCUGCGCCAGGUGGAAAAGAGGAGGCAUGUGCAUGUCGUGAGAGAAUAAAAUAUUAACACGCACGAGUGUUCAACUUGCCGUGCAAGUUCCAGCAUCAUGCAUGAAAUGACAUUGUAAUUCACAAUAUGAUUUGCGAUAAUUUCAGGUUUGCAUGAUGUUUUGAUCAUUCAAUAUUCCAAGUCUGGUGAUGGAUGGUUAAAUUUAGUCAAAAUUUAGCAUUUUUCACUAUUUAUUAUAUAUAUAUAUAUAUGUAUUAAUUGUGUGUAUGUACGUAUAUUUAUUCUGAAUUGGGCAUAUAGAAACCCACCAUUGCAAAAUUAAAAACUACAUAUUAUGCAUAAAAA